UUCGAGUGACCAGGGUCACUGUCUCUCGGUUCAUAUAUUACCUUUUACCCCUUUCCGUUUCAAUUUCUCUAACCCGCUGGUUCUCGGGGUUCAGGGAAUUCAGGCAACCGUUCGGAGGUCCUCAGAUCCAUUGAGCUCCGAAUAUGAGUAGCUUGGUUGAGAGGCUGCGCACUAGAUCAGACCGAAAGCCAAUUUAUAAUAUUGACGAAUCUGAUGACGAUGGCGAUUUUGGGACUGGAAAACCUGGAAGAGCUGAGGAGAAGUUUGAGAAGAUUGUCAGGACUGACGUGAAAGAUAAUUCCUGUCAAGAGUGUGGGGAAAGCGAAAAUCUUAUUGAAUGUGAAACAUGCAACUAUGCAUAUCAUGCUAAGUGUUUACUUCCCCCGUUAAAGGCUCCUCCCCCUGAUAGCUGGCGCUGUCCGGAAUGUGUGAGCCCACUGAUUGAUAUUGACAAGAUUCUGGAUUGCGCCAUGCGACCUACUGUUGCCGGUGAUGCCUUAAAGCAGGUUACAAACCAGAUUUUCGUGAAACAAUAUCUUGUGAAGUGGAAGGGACUAUCAUAUCUACAUUGCACAUGGGUUCCUGAGAAAGAAUUUAAUAAAGCAUUCAAGACAUACCCACGUCUGAAGCAGAAGGUUAACAAUUUCCAUCGUCAACCUUCUUCAAGUAAUAAUACAGAUGAUGAUUUUGUUGCCAUUCGACCCGAAUGGACAACUGUUGACCGGGUCCUUGCUUGCAGGGGUGACGAUGAGAAGCAAUAUCUUGUAAAGUGGAAAGAACUUCCUUACGAUGAAUGCUAUUGGGAAUCAGAAGCUGAUAUCUCCACAUUUCAGUCCGAAAUAGAGAGAUUCCAUAGAAUUCAGUCUAGAUCUCACAAAUUGUCUGGUAAGCAGAAGACCAGUCUUAAAGAUGCUCCCGAAUCAAAAAAGAAACAUAAAGAGUUUCAACAGUUUGAACACAGUCCUGAAUUUCUUUCUGGAGGUACACUGCAUCCCUAUCAGCUUGAAGGUUUGAACUUCUUACGUUUCUCCUGGUCCAAACAAACUCAUGUGAUACUUGCUGAUGAGAUGGGACUUGGCAAAACUAUACAGAGUAUAGCUUUCUUGGCCUCUCUUUUUGAAGAGAGAGUCCGUCCACAUCUAGUGGUGGCUCCUCUUUCAACUUUACGAAAUUGGGAACGGGAAUUUGCAACAUGGGCACCUCAAAUGAAUGUUGUUAUGUACUCUGGCUCUUCCCAAGCCCGUGCGGUCAUUCGGGAAUACGAAUUUUACUUCCCCAAAAAUCACAAGAAGAUCAAGAAAAAGAAAUCUGGUCAGGUUGUUGGGGAAAGCAAGCAAGAUAGGAUCAAGUUUGAUGUCCUUCUCACAUCAUAUGAGAUGAUUAACUCUGAUUCUACAUCACUGAAACCGAUAAAGUGGGAGUGUAUGAUUGUUGAUGAAGGACAUCGUCUCAAAAACAAAGAUUCAAAAUUGUUUUCAUCAUUACAGCAGUACUCAACUGAUCAUCGCACACUUCUGACUGGAACUCCUCUUCAGAACAAUCUGGACGAACUUUUCAUGCUUAUGCACUUCCUUGAUGCUGCCAAGUUUGCAAGUCUAGAGGAAUUCCAGGAAGAGUUUAAGGAUAUAAAUCAGGAAGAGCAGAUUUCCAAGCUUCAUGACAUACUUGCUCCUCAUCUUCUUAGAAGGGUGAAAAAAGAUGUCAUGAAAGAACUUCCUCCUAAGAAAGAACUUAUAUUACGCAUCGAAUUAAGCAACAAGCAGAAAGAAUAUUACAAAGCUAUUCUGACUCGUAACUAUCAGAUACUAACUCGUCGUGGUGGUGCACAGAUAUCUCUUAUCAAUGUGGUCAGAUUGCGCAAGCUCUGUUGUCAUGCUUAUAUGCUAGAGGGUGUGCAUUCUGAGGUGGAAUCCUGAGAUAUGUGGUUCCAAUUUGUUUUACCAUUUGGCAGACAACUUUUGGAAUCUUCUGGAAAAAUGCAAGUUUUGGACAAAAUGCUGGUAAAACUUCAUCAGCAAGGGCACCGGGUGCUUAUCUAUUCACAAUUUCAGCACAUGUUGGAUUUGCUAGAAGACUACUGUACAUACAAAAAAUGGCAGUAUGAACGAAUAGAUGGCAAAGUUGGUGGAGUUGAGAGACAAAUAAGGAUAGAUCGGUUCAAUGCUGAAAAUUCUUCCAGGUUUUGCUUUCUGCUUUCCACCAGAGCUGGGGGAUUGGGCAUAAACCUUGCAACUGCUGACACAGUGAUCAUAUAUGAUAGUGAUUGGAAUCCUCAUGCUGAUCUACAAGCUAUGGCUAGAGCUCAUCGACUAGGGCAAACUAACAAGGUAAUGAUCUAUAGGCUAAUAACACGAGGAACCAUUGAAGAACGAAUGAUGCAACUGACUAAGAAGAAAAUGGUAUUAGAGCAUUUGGUUGUUGGAAAGUUAAAGGCUCAAAACAUCAACCAGGAAGAGCUCGACGAUAUCAUCAGAUAUGGAUCCAGGGAGUUAUUUGCUGAUGAAAAUGAUGAAGCAGGAAAAUCCCGUCAAAUUCAUUAUGAUGAUGCUGCAAUAGAUAGAUUACUUGAUCGUGAACAAGCUGGUGAUGAUGACGCUCUGUUGGAGGAUGAAGAUGAAGAUGGAUUUUUAAAAGCCUUUAAGGUGGCAAAUUUUAAAUACAUUGACGAAACAGAGGCAGUAGAAGAGGAGGAACCACAGAAGGCUGCAGUGGACAGUACAGAGACCAGUGCAGAAAAAACAAGUUUCUGGGAAGAUUUGUUAAAGGACAGAUAUGAAGAGCAUAAAGUUGAAGAAUUUACUGCUUUAGGCAAAGGGAAGAGAAGUCGUAAGCAGAUGGUAUCUGUGGAAGAUGAUGAUCUCGCUGGUUUGGAAGAUGUAAGUUCUGAUGGAGAGGAUGAUAACUAUGAAGCUGAAGUGACGGAUGGUGAAACAGCUUCCUCUGGUCCUCUUUCUGGAACUCUUUCUGGGAGAAAGCCCAGUAAAAAGAGAAUUCGUGUGGAUAGUGGAGAACCCCUUCCUUUGAUGGAAGGAGAAGGAAGAUCAUUCAAAGUUUUGGGGUUCAAUCAAAAUCAGAGGGCUGCAUUUGUACAAAUUUUGAUGAGGUUUGGGAUGGGGGAUUAUGACUGGAAGGAGUUUGUAGCGCGCAUGAAGCAGAAGACAUAUGAAGAAAUAAAAGCUUAUGCUACUCUGUUCAUGCAACAUGUAGUUGAAGAGAUAACAGACUCCCCUACCUUUUCAGAUGGUGUCCCUAAAGAAGGACUCAGAAUACAAGACGUACUUGUUCGGAUUUCUGUUAUGUCUAUGAUUAAUCAGAAAGUGAAGUUUGCAACAGAAAAUCCAGGUGCUCCUUUGUAUGAAGAUGACAUCAUGUACCGUUACCCAGGAUUGAAGGGUAGCAAAUUUUGGAAGGAGUAUCAUGAUGUAGUGCUGCUGCGCGCUGUGUUAAAGCAUGGCUACGGAAGAUGGCAAGCUAUUGUUGAUGACAAGGACCUCGGGAUUCAAGAGGUUAUUUGUCAAGAGUUGAAUCUUCCGCUUCUAAAUCUUUCUGUCCCAGGGCAGGCCAAAGCACAUACCAAUACAGAAGCACCUGGUUUAACUGCUGGAAAUGGUAAUGGAAUAGGAGAUAAUGCAGCUCAGGGAACCAUAUCAUAUCAAGAGUCUUCUUUGCAUCAUUUUAGAGAUAUGCAAAGAAGACUGGUGGAAUUUAUAAAGAGAAGAGUGCUUCUGUUGGAAAAAGGAAACAAUGCAGAAGCACAGAAAGAAUACUUCGAUGAAAUAUAUGCGAAUGAGCUUGCACAGAUUGAGCAGCUUGGGAGGGAGACCAUGAAUAUGCCCUACACUGGGGAGACUGAGCAACGAAUGGGUGAUCAGUUGCCAAGAGUUGAAGAGAUCGGAUCGGAAGAAAUUUUAGCUACAGCUUGUGACAACGAUCCAGAUCGUUUAAAAUUGCCUCAGCUUUAUAAUGAGAUGUGCAAACUUGUGGAAGGAGUCACCCCUCAUUCAGUGCAGACUUCUUUUGAAACUAUCUGUGAAGACAUGCUAAGCAGGACUCGCCCCCCUAUGCAACAAGCUCCUACUUCAGCACAGCCAACACUAAAUGCAGAUAAACAACCAGGAGAUGAGUCGAAGAGCAAUCUUGUAUCCCGUGAAUCACACUCUGCACAAGAUAAAGCUGCUCCUGCAGUAGAAGUUCAAAUGAGAGACUUGUCAACAGAAUCCGACCUCGAACGUAUGGAGCUAGACUCCCGCAACACAGCCAAUGAAUAAUGAAAGUCCCUCCCGGAGGUUGCCUCAGAGUCUAACAGUGCUGGAAAACGCUGGAUUGUUGAUCGUAGCUUAAGUGAUCAAAAG